AGUCGAUCCUGUCUUGAUGCUUUUUCCUCGCACCGUCGAUCGUUGCCCGUCUCAUACCAGCGCGGCCCAUUCUUGAUCUCCACGAUCGCCCAGCCGCGCAGUGUCCACAACUAUGGCGUCGUUUCCGGGCAUGGGCGGGCCGCCGCCCAUCAUCGACCCCGAGUAUGCGGCCGAGAGCAACGCGACAAAGCUCAUGGCAGUCAUCACUCUCUUCCAGCUCCUGUCACUCAUAACCGUGGUCCUGCGUGUCUACUGCCGUGUCGUCCUUGUCAAAUCACCCGGCAUCGAUGAUCUUGUUAUGGUGCUUGGCCUUCUCUUCACAUUAGGAGGAGGAUGGGGCACUCUGCUGGCCAUGGCAUUCCACGGCCUCGGCAAGCACGAUAUCACAGUCCAGGGAGCCGAUCUGCUCAUCUUCGACCAGGCCAACUUCUGGCUGACGAUCCUGGCCUUACUCGUCGGCUUGGGUCUUGUCAAGGUGUCCAUCGGGCUGAACCUGCUUCGACUGAGCACGAGCAAGUGGUACAAGUGGUCACUUCGGGCGACUAUUGCCUUUGUCAUUGCCUACACCUUCAUGGCCUGCAUGACCAUGUUUCUGCACUGCGACACGGUGGCCGGCAACUGGGACUACUCGCAGGCCACGGGCUGCUACUCGAUCGACCUCUUUGUCAAGUUUGGCACCAUCAACACGGCCUUCAACAUCUUUACCGACGUCUUGUUCGCCGUGUUCCCCGUCCCCAUCAUCUGGACGCUGCAGAUGAAGCGCAAGCUCCGCAUCUAUCUCGUUGGCAUCAUGAGCUUGGGCUACUUUGCUGUGGCCGUCGGCAUCGUCAAGGCCUACUACCAGAUCAACUUCACCCUAGAAACCGACAUCAAGUUUACCAUGCAUGUCCAGUUCUGGGGUUUGUAAGUCAUCCCAUUUCUUAAUAUCCCCCCUCACCCCUGAAUCAUGAUCCCGACCAUCAACCACAGCACUAACCACCCCACCCCCCCACCCAACAGCA